UCUCAAGCUCUCAGCUCGCUUUUGCAAUUUGCUUCCUCCGCGGCGGCGAUUAGUAUCUUGACCACAAACAGUCAGCAAGGAAGUUACUGUAGAGAAGAGAGGGAGAGGGAGUCUAUCCGGCUGCCCCACCGCAUAUCCGCCGCCAUGUCCGUCAUGAGCCCCUCACUCCAACAGCGUCCCCUCUCCUAUGCCAACUCUCUCUCCGCAUUCUCUUCGUCUCCUCGCUCUUCGCCAUCCGUUCGUUUUGUUGUGACAUUCACCGUCUCUUGUUGCUCGCUGGCGUCUCCGGCCACUUCGGUGAACGGAAAUGUCGACCAGAAAGUUCCUGAGAGGAACGAAAUUCGUCUCGGUUUGCCUAGCAAAGGCCGUAUGGCCUCCGACACUCUCGAUCUCCUCAAGGAUUGCCAAUUAUCGGUCAGGCAGGUCAAUCCUCGGCAGUACGUUGCUGAAAUUCCCCAGCUUCCAAACCUGGAAGUAUGGUUUCAGCGGCCAAAAGACGUAGUAAGGAAAUUGGUAUCAGGUGAUCUAGACCUAGGUAUUGUGGGUCUCGAUACCGUUAGUGAAUAUGGACAGGGGAAUGAAGAUCUAAUUCUUGUUCAUGAUGCACUUGAGUUUGGAGACUGCCGUUUAUCCUUGGCUAUACCCCAAUAUGGGAUUUUUGAAAAUAUAAAUUCACUAAGGGAGCUGGCACAGAUGCCUCAGUGGACAGCCAAGAAACCUCUGAGAGUUGCCACUGGUUUCACUUAUCUGGCUCCAAAAUUUAUGAAGGAAAAUGGACUAAAGCAUGUUAUUUUCUCAACUGCUGAUGGAGCAUUAGAGGCAGCACCUGCGAUGGGAAUAGCUGAUGCUAUAGUUGACCUUGUGAGUAGUGGAACGACACUUAGAGAGAACAAUUUGAAAGAAAUUGAAGGCGGAGUCAUCGUGAAGAGUCAGGCUGUCCUUGUUGCUAGCAGGAAGUCCUUGACCUUGCGAAAAGGUGUAUUGGAUGCCACUCAUGAAAUUCUUGAAAGAUUGGAGGCACAUUUGAGGGCAAUUGGACAGUUCACGGUUACUGCAAACAUGAGGGGAAGCAGUGCAGAUGAGGUGGCAGAGAGAAUCCUGAGCCAAACAUCACUAUCGGGUCUGCAGGGGCCCACUAUAAGUCCAGUUUUUUGCAAACGUAAUGGAAGGGUAACAGUUGAUUACUUUGCAAUAGUCAUAUGUGUACCCAAAAAGUUGCUUUACAAGUCGGUUCAACAGCUGAGAGCGGUGAGAGACCUCUCUCUCUCUCUCUCUCUCUCUCUUCUACUUAUAUAUCAUCAUGACAAGAUUACAAACUGGUUUUUCUCACCCAUUGCUAGCUCCAAGAGAGAGAACCCAGUGUCGGAUUGGUGGCAGUGGAGUUCUGAUCUCGCCUCUGACCUACAUUUUCGACGAAGAAACUCCAAGAUGGCGAGAACUCCUUUCGAAACUCGGGCUUUGAUCCCAUUCGCGAGAUGCCUCUAGCUGCUCUGCAUUCUGUAGCAGUAAAAUUGUCCAAGAACUUCACAAAUUUAUAUUAUGGAAUGAUCUGUUGGUGCAGGGGGCAUAGCUCUUCUGGGAAGUUAAGAAAAUUUUGUGUUAAUGAAGCCCAGCCAAGCAUCAUUAUCUUAUCUGCCUGUUAAUUUGAAAUCUUUCAUCAGUGUUGCUUCUCUCUUGCUGUUGUUACUUUGUAGCCCAUAUGGCUUUCUUCGUGUUGACCUCUUUAGCUUUUACUCCUUUAUCUCUUCAGCCAUGCGGAUGUGAAGAGUCUCUGCUCAAUGGGUUCUAAGCUUUUGCCCAAGUUUCGUUUGUGUUUUCCAAUGUGGAAGUUGGACUUCAAGGACGUCUAUGGUUUUUAGUGAUAGAGAGGUACAUAUUCAGUUUAUUUAUCAAA